GACGGCGCCCGCCCACGAAGUCAGGGGCUGCUUGGCGUGGGACUCCUCUGGCGCUGGUGCAGGAGUCGCGCAUGCGCUGGGGUUGCUUUGUCCACCUGGCUCUGCCACCCUGCACACCUUGAGAUGUGUCGAUAAGUCUCUUCACAUCCUCCUUCAGCUGGAAGAUGGCCACAGUAACUCCUGCCUCCCAAGAUAAGGGUUAAGAUGAGAUGGACAAGGAAGAUGGGGAGCCAAAGACCAAGCAACUUAGAGAAGAGGAGGAAGAAGGCGAGAAGCACAGGGAACUUAGACUGCGGAACUAUGUCCCAGAGGAUGAGGACCUGAAGAAGAGGAGGGUGCCCCAGGCCAAACCGGUUGCAGUGGAAGAGAAGGUGAAAGAGCAGCUGGAGGCCGCCAAGCCCGAGCCUGUCAUCGAGGAGGUGGAUCUGGCCAACCUCGCUCCUCGGAAGCCUGACUGGGACCUCAAGAGAGAUGUGGCCAAGAAGCUGGAGAAACUAAAAAAGAGGACUCAGAGGGCCAUUGCCGAGCUGAUCCGUGAAAGACUAAAAGGUCAGGAAGACAGCCUAGCCUCUGCAGUGGACGCUGCCACCGAACAGAAGGCCUGUGACUCCGAUUGAGGCAUGCCCUGCCCCGCCAUGCGCCUGUCAGGCAUGUCCUGCAGGGGGUGGUCUUGGGCAGGGAUUGGGGUGAGGCUUGCCAUCGCCUCCAGUUUGGCUUCUGAGCAGAGACUUCCUUCCUGUCAAGUCUGAAACCCCCAUGGCUGAGGUCAGCUCCUUGUCUCCUGAGUGGCCCCUGCCAUUCUAAAUGGAGGCAGAACAGCAGCAACUCUGGGUGUGCCUGUGUUUGUACAUGAGUAUGUAUAUAUGUAUGUAUUUUGAACUUUAAAAAAAAAUCUCUAAAUAGACAAGAAAACCCCUGUGUGUGGCAGAAAUCUGUCACAUAUUUCCUAGGUCUGGGGGUACUGUGGAUUUGGGCUCCACGACAGGGUGACUGCAGAGGUGGUACUUAGUAUGAAUAACCCCUGUGUUGGGCUGGGCAUGUUAAGGCUGGAGGGUGGGGAACGCUCAGCGCUGCCUUCUGCGUCCAAGUCCUGGCCCAGUCCAUGGUCAGUGCAGUCAUCUCAAGAUCCUUGGGUGAUAGAGACAGAGACUGAGAGAGUUCUUUUAAGACCUCCCCCAGGCCUAGGCCUUGUAGUAGUCUGUGGAGUAGAUGGAGAGACUCCCACCCUGCUUCUCUGGGAUCUUCUCACAGUGUGAGAGAGAGUAGGCCUUGGCAAACCCCAACUCAGGGCCACUCCAGAUUUGAGGCUGCUGGCACUGUGUUCUUCACUCUGCCCAGCCCCAGGCAGCCCCUCUCCCUGCUCCACCAGUCAGAGCUAGACUAUGGCUCCCCUGGGACAGAGCCCUUGCGUGGGAGGGGUGGCCCAUUCUGUUAGAGACGGGGAUUUUCUAAGCUGGGUUUCAGGUGUGGUCAUGGACCCUAGAUCCCCAAGGUUCUGGCUUUAGGACAUGAGCCUCUUCUGUGGAGCAGACUCUCCAGGGUAACUGGCUGACUGCAUCAUCUUUGACUGCAGGACCUGUGGCCAAGUAGACUUGCAUCUCCUCCAGGAUGGUUACACCCUUGAGUUUCCUUUGGGAUUUCCCCUUGAGCCUCCUGCCUCUGCCCUAAGCCAUUCAGUGUGUUCUUCCUUUCCUCUUCCAGAAACACAAUGGCCUGUUUCUGGCAGACAGUGCCAAGCACUCUGGUCAUAGAGGCAGAGUGGGUUUGUGCACAUAGAGACAAGCACACUCACACAACGAGUGAAAAACCCUUUAAGUUAAAAUUAGCAACUAUUCUUGGAAGGUAAUUCCUGUGUGGAAAAGGGAACAGAAACUUCUAGCUGUGGGUGAGGGCUAAAGUGGUAGGUGUCCAGCUUCUGCACUGAGUAGUAAGACAAGACCAAGACUCUGACUCCCACAUGGGGCAGAAGCCUUUUCAGUAUUUCCUAGUUCCAGGGGUACAUGCAGGACUGGAGCCAGGCUCCCUCUAUCCAGUUGGUAAAACUGAAACCAGACUUCUUUUCCUACGAAAAAAGGGAUGAAAAGACUCCCUGCAUCUCCUGAGAUUGCAGUUGGAAACAGGAUGCUUGUCUGCAGCAGUGGAAAGACUUGGAUACCCAGUGACUGGCAACUAGGCUGCCACUCAGCACAAGCUCUGGGACUAGAGAAGGGUUAUCCAACAGUAUGACAGUCCUGAGAGCUAAUGAAACGUGUGCUUCUGACUUUAUGACCCUGGAUGUUGUCCUCUAAGGAAAAACAGAAAGUACCAUGCAUCAUGAGCACUCAAACAAAAAUUACAAAAUACAUGAGAAAAUCCAGUGUCUUACAGAAUGAUCAGUAACCCAAGUGGGAGGAUUUAUACCCAAGGAAACUGAAAUAGUAACAGCCUAAAAGGCUUUAAAAAUGAGCAUUUGUUUUUGCAUCAGAGAGAUAAAAGAGGGUCUGGUACCCUUAAGAACAAAGGUUAGACAUAAGAAAGAACUGAUUAGAAAUCUUGGAAAGAAAGAAAAUAGCUCUUAAAACAAGAAACUUACUAGAAAGCUAAGUAUUAAAGUCCAAGAAAGGAUUAGUAAAUUGGAAGUUAAAGCUGAGACGGUCAUAUAGAAGGUGGCAGUGAGAGAUAAAGAAGGCAAGAUGGAAGGUAGCUUGAGAACCUUGCCAUACUGAUACAUGUUCUAUAGAUGACAGGAGUUCCAAGAAAAGGAAACCAGAGAAAGAAGGUACUUGAAGAAAGAAUGGCCAACCACUUCUUUUUUUUUCUUAAGCAAUAAGAUACUUUGAGAGAGACCACAUUCAUAUAACUUUAACUACUGUAUAUUGUUAUAAUUGUUUUCUCAGUUAUUGUUAACUUGUUACUAUGCCUAAUUUAUAAAUUAAAUUUUAUCAUAGGUAUUUAUGUGUAAGAGAAAACACAGUAUAUAUAGGGUUCAGUACUCGCCACCAUUUCAGGCAUCCACUGGGGGUCUUGGAAUAUGCCCCCCAUGGAUAAAGGAAUGACUGUAUAGCACUAUAAUGUAUUAAGGCAAUUAAAAACCUUGUAUCUGUGAAUUAGACAAAGGUGAAGAAACAAUUAGUGAAUGGGAAACUAGAUCUGAAGUUUUCCAAAAUGCAACCCAGCAAGAUAAACAGAUCAGUAAUGUAAAGCAACAGAUUGAGAGACGUGUAGAAUAGAAUGAAAAGAUCCGACAUAGAGCGAUGGAGUUCCAGGAGGGAAAACAAAAGUGAAAGUGAGGCAGAGGCGAUAUUUAACAACAGUGGCUGAGAAUGUUCAGAACUUUUGAAAAUCACCAAUUCGCAGAUUCAAGAAGACCAGCAAGCUCAAGCAGGUUAAUAGGAAAAAAUAAACAUCCAAAUCUUCCGUUUCUUCAUCUGGGUGAUGAUUAA